AUGGCGUACAGGGGCACGAGGGGCGCCGCCGCAGCAGCAACAGCUGCAGUGCUUGAAAAGGACGAACAUCGCCACGCGCAGUCCGCGGGCGAUCUUGUUGGGUUGUCGAGGGACAGGGUUACAGCUAACCUUGAGCCGAAAACGUCGACCGCCGCCCAGAAUUUCCCAACGAAGGCGACCGCGCCACGAAGAGAAGCGUACCGGCAGGAAGAAGCAACAUGCGACGAGCUGACAAAAAGGGUCAUGGCCUUACAAGUCGUCGACGACCGCAGCAGUACUCCUGGGAGGAAGAUAGAGACCAUUGCCGAGCUGAAGCAGCAGCUGGAAGGCAUGUGCCGGACUGUGUUCGCGACCCUCGGGCGGCAGCAGACGGAGAGCGCCUACCAGAUGGCCCUCAAGAUCGAGCUCGAGGACCGAGGGGUUGCCGUCCAGCAGGAAGUCAAGAUAUCCAUCACCUACAGAGAUAUCGACAUCUCUUCCAGGCGGGUUGACCUGCUGCUGACCCUCCGCGACGGCUGCACGGCGAUCGUCGAGAUGAAGGCCGUCUCGACACUCACCAAGGGCAACAACCUCAACGCUGUCCACCAGCUCCAGUAUUACCUCGACGUUUUCGACGUCAACCACGGGUUUCUGGUGAAUUUCCCGCACGAUGCAGGCUUCCCUCCACCACCGAACGGAGGAAUUUUCCGGCAGGAACCGAUCUGCGGAGUGGUGGGCCCGCUGUCCGAUGUUCGCGUGCGAGAACGCAAGGCUAGCAACGUCGGCAACGGGCCGGAGAUUGUGUACUUCCGGCGGGUGUUGUAACAUUCUUCUGCGCUCUUGACUCCGCUCUUCGUGGUGGUAUUUAGCCCGUGGUGUUGGUGAUCGUGGUAGAAAUGCGUUAGGGUGCGGCGCCGAAGGCCGAAACUUGCGGGAAUAGAUGGGGAGAGGCAGGUUUUUCGCGGUGUGUUAGUCUGUGUUUGGGGAUCCUUUACAGGCGGGCCGAAUAACGAAUGGAGUGGUUUGUGCCUCCGCAGAGACGACGGGGCAUGCUCUUGCUGCUGCUGCUGCUGCUGCUGCUGCUGCUGUGCAUGUGAUAUGUUGUGAUGAUGUCGACGUGGUUUUGACAUUGCAACUUGUGCGGAGUGAAAAUCUCUCACUGCUGUUGCUAACGAUUUUUGUUCGAAGCAUUUGCUCAGGUUACCGAUGUAGUAUCUGCUGAUGAGGUUUGCGCACCAGAAACCUAGUCCACGAGGUAAACUGAGGCGCAUUUGCGAAGAGAAGGCGCUUUUUUAAUGAAGCCGGCGUCCAGUAACGUGCUAGAUCAUCAUAGCGUAGGUACCGGACGCCGGCUUGAGUAUAAAAGGGCCUUGCCCUCGUGAAUGUACGACCACUUGAUUUUACCUGGUGGACCGGAAGGACCCAAGUGCAAACGAUGGCAUUCAUCAGUGCGGCAGCAGCGCAUCUAUUUUUCAGGACACCGUGCAGACUGGUGUCAACGUAAAUUUGUGCCUCGCAGCAUUACAAACGUUUUCGGAGGGUCUGCUCGUAGAUGCUCGUCCACACCGUUGUACUUUGUAGAUGUUUCCCUCUGUAGUUUAUUCAUUGCCGUUAGUGCUAGGGGCCUUCCAACAACGCAAGUGUAGGCGUUAUUUUCAAGUGUCGACAGAGAGAGCAUAGAUGCAGGGGCAAUAGAGGAAACGUGCAACGUAUACCUUUCCACCGUAGCAUGAGUACGUGGCACACGGAGGCACAAAAGCUUUUACUUACGUUCUUUUUUGCCGAUUUCUUUGGGCCAUGUUGCUCGGUUAGCCUUUGGCAGUUUGAAACCUAUUGCUGAUUAUCUGGCUUUAUUGGUGAUGACGUGGCAAUUGGCUGGUCUCUAAAGUACGGCCGUACGUAUCUGAUUCUUGUUUGUUGAUCUGACUAGACUAAUUGUUGCUUACCUUGUUCUUGCGCUGGGAGUGGUGCAGUUUAUUC